GUCCGUGUGUCUGCCCAGUGAAUGAGAGGAGCAGUAGAGACCAGCCAGCCUGCCCUAGCCACCCACACUAUAUAAAGGGGAGGUGCGGGAUGGUUCUGGGCAGUCACCAUCAUGAGGCACUACACUGCACUACUCCUCGCUGUGCUGGGGGCGGGCUGUUGCAGUCUGGUAGCGGCCCAGUACUACGACCCGAUCGAAAGUGACAAUGGACUGUACUGGCGAGGGGAAUACGGGGAGAUGGACAUCUGUCAUCACGACAAAAACUUCACUUACACUUACGCUCUGGACUUCAAGUUUGACGACCUGAAUGACCUGGACAAUGUUGGCGGGAAUGGAGUGAAGCUGUACUGCCGCGACGACGCUGGCUCCAUCUCAGGCUACGUGACAAGUCUUGAGGGGAAGAGAGGCGAAUGGCAAGGCAUCCACUCCUGCCCUCUACACGUGUUCUUCAAUGGGUUCCGCCUGCGAGUGUUCCCCGAUCAGGGCACGUGGGGAGACGACUUUGCGGUAGACAACAUUCAGAUGGCUUGCGAGGACGGCACGAUCAUUGACGGGAUUGAUGGAAUUCUGCCCGAGAAGGAAGAGACGGAGGAGGGAGUGGAAGAGAAGAGCGUCUUAAGGCAAUGGGUGGAUAAGGUGGAGCGCAAGAUAGAAGUCAUUAGAUACAACAUAGAUAAGACGAGGAUCCACGGGGAAUGGGGCUCGUGGGUCUACUGCUCGCCUGGCAUGAACGUGGUCGGGAUAAGAACCGUGGUGGAGGACGGCCACAUCGAUGACGACGCGGGGCUCACCGAUGUCACUCUGUACUGUGCCUAAUAAACUCGAGAACCUUCACCCGCCAGGACAAACUUUCAGAACCUAUAAAACUUGCAUUAAUCAUACUUAUGUCACCAGUACGCUAACCUAACUUUACUCAACAUUAUGUAACCUAACCUUAAUCAACCUAACUCGACAACCCUCACCCAGCAGGCAAACUUUCAGAACCUAACCUAACCAGCAUUACUGAUACUUACGUCACCAGCACGCUAACCUAACCUAAUUAUACAACCAGCAUGCAAAACAAAACCUACUUAACCUACAGAACUAGUAUUUAUGCCAGCAACACCCUAUGUAACUACCCUGGUAUGAAAGGCAGUUCGUAUACUAUCACACCAAUACUAGUACUCACAGAAGCAUCCCAGCAUAGCAAAUAGAAGCUCCAGUACUAUUGACACCAGCACUAACAUACCAUAAGUACCUAAACCUAGUGUGAAAGUGGUUACAAUAUUAGUACUGUAUUCUCACCAUUCCUUAACAACGCCUCAGUGUAACCAUGACCCAUUCUACCUACCUACUUCCUGAACCGUAAAAAGCCUUGAUGUAUUAAUAAAAUCUUUGAAUAAAA